AUGAUCAGUUAUUUAGUUAGGAACACUUUCGCCAGAAUUUUACGAUCUCAUAAUGCAGUCAACAUUGUUGCAUCUUCAGCGUUCAAAAAAGAUAUACAUACUACAAUUCCGUCCUACGAAUUAAUGGAGUUCUUCGAUUCAAAGAAAAAUUGGACUGAGACAAGCAUAAGAGUCGGAAGAGCCUGGAAGUUAGAUGAAUUGAGAAUUAAAUCAAAUUCCGACUUACACAAAUUAUGGUAUGUACUUCUGAAAGAGAGGAAUAUGUUGUAUACAAUGGAGCAUGAAUGUAAUGACAGAAUGAAAUUGUUUCCGAAUCCAGAACGAAUUGAUAAAGUUCAAGAAUCUAUGAAUAAUAUAGAAACUGUUGUAAGGGAACGAAACGUCGCUUAUUACAAACUCGAAACAGGAGAGACAGGAGAAAGACCAGUGGAAGAUGUUGUUAACAUCUUUGGAUUACCUGAAAAAUAUGAGAAGUCGGAGCAUUAUUUACCCAAAUUUAUGAAUACUCGUUGGGUCAGGCCAUACCUUGAACAUGGUUUCACAAACAGUGCUGCUGUCAAAAGAUUUUACAGGCUGAACAGAGAGAAGCAACAUAAUAAUGAUAGGAAAGCUCGAAACAGAGACUUCAAUCAUGUCCAGCAAUUAUUGAAACGGUUUCCUAAUAUGGAUAUGGAAAAGUUAAAGGCAGAAUACCCAAAUGUUGAUCUUGAAAAAGCUAAACGCUCAAAGAAGGCAAGAGGGCAUUAUUUUCCUAAAUAUUAA